GGGCUGGGAGAGGGAGAGCUUUUGCGCCGAGAACCUCGGAGAAGCAGCACGCGCCACAAAGUGGACCGAGUUCAGCUCCAGCUUUCGCGAGUGCCUUCUUCUCUCAGCACUCUCGCUGUUUGCCAGUUUCCUGGCUUGCGACUCAUUUCUCGAGGAAAGCGGCAGCGAAACAGGCAGUUGAAUGUAUAGCAUGAUGGAAACCGAGAUCAAGACGCCGCUCCCGCAGUCCAAUGCGGGCUCGGGUGGCAACGGCGGCAAAAACAGCGGUUCUAACGACCAGGACCGAGUGAAGCGGCCCAUGAACGCCUUCAUGGUGUGGUCUCGGGGCCAGCGGAGAAAGAUGGCUCAGGAGAACCCCAAAAUGCACAACUCGGAGAUCAGCAAGCGCCUGGGCGCAGACUGGAAACUCCUGACCGAUGCGGAGAAGCGACCCUUCAUCGACGAGGCCAAGCGCUUGAGAGCCAUGCACAUGAAGGAGCACCCGGAUUAUAAAUACCGACCCCGCAGGAAGACCAAGACCCUGCUCAAGAAAGACAAGUACUCCUUACCCGGGGGACUUCUGGCGCCGGGUUCGAACAGCGUGAACAGCGCCGUGUCGGUGGGACAGAGGAUGGACAGUUACGCGCACAUGAACGGAUGGACCAACAGCGCCUACUCCCUCAUGCAGGACCAGCUGGGCUACCCCCAGCACCCCGGCAUGAACAGCCCCCAGAUCCAGCAGAUGCACCGCUACGAGAUGGCGGGGCUCCAGUAUCCCAUGAUGUCCUCAGCCCAGACCUACAUGAACGCGGGCUCCACGUACAGCAUGUCCCCCGCGUACACCCCGCAGACCACUAGCGCCAUGGGCUUGGGCUCCAUGGCUUCCGUGUGUAAGAGCGAACCGAGUUCCCCACCCCCUGCCAUCACGUCCCAUUCGCAGAGAGCGUGUCUGGGAGACCUGCGGGAUAUGAUAAGCAUGUAUCUCCCACCUGGGGGGGACGGAUCGGAUCACUCGAGUCUGCAGACCACCCGGUUACACGGGGUCCACCAGCACUACCAGAGCGCCGGGACUGGGGUGAACGGAACCCUACCCCUCACUCACAUCUGAACGGACUCGCUCCACUUCAAAAGUGCGUCAAAUACUUGAACAUUUCCACCUCUGAAUUUAGAGCGCGAUUCGGAGGUCUUUGUGCAUUGCAUUUUAUUAUCAUUUUCUUUUUUGUUUUUUGUUUUUUUUUUUUUUGUCCCCACCCCCACCCCCAAGAGAAAAGCCAAUAUUCAUCUGACGAGUUCCUCCUAACGGGAGCAAAUUCUGGACUCCUGCGCAUCAGUGGCGAGCCCCAGCUGAGUCAUUUGUGUUGUUAUUUCAGAGGCUUUUUGUCCCCGGGUCUUCUCUAGAAGGAGGUUUUGGGACUUGUUUUGUUGCCAAUUUCAUUAAAAGAAAAAAAGAAACUUUACGACUUAAAAAAAAAACAAAAAAAAACAAAAAAAAAAAACUUUGACUUGUCAAUGAAGAGGGAAAGCACACUAUCACAAGUGAUUGUUUACAGUCAAAAUGUAGAAUGUCCAAGGUUUGUCCGAGGCUGUGUCCAAAUCUGUGUAGAGAUGGUUAAUUUUUUUUUUUUUUUAAAAAAAAGAUUUGUUUUCAAUGAAUUUAGGUUUUAACACCACGAGAGACUGUGCGGGUCGCAAGCGCAAGUUAUAUUUAUAGUAAGUUGUGUAUUUUAAUUUUCUUCAUAAAGCUUGUGAACUUCU